GCUGCCGGGGUUCAGUUAACUGCGCGUCUGUGUGUUCAAUCAGCAGCAGAGCUGUGAAAUCAUGUUUGUUUCUAUCAAACUAAUGACUUGAAGUGGACCUGAUUCUAUUUGUUCCUCAGUGGAGAGUGGAAGUUAAAUAGCUGAAGAGUUCAGGGAGAUCAUUUCGCUUUAUAGAGAAUCCUGGGAUCAGUAGAUUUGGAGAUGGAGGUGGUGUGUGUUUUCCUCUGCGUGCUUGCAAACCUGUGGCUUUCAGUCUCCAGAGCAGAGAGACACAGUGUGUUCUGGAACAGCACGAACCCAAAGUUUCAGGGAAACAGCUACACAGUGGAGGUGCGUCUAAAUGACUACCUGGACAUUGUGUGUCCACAUUACCCUCUGGGCACGGUGCCGUCUCAGGAGGCCGAGCGCUAUGUGCUGUACAUGGUGGAUCGUGAGGACUACGAGGCGUGCCGACCGCAGUCCUAUGAGCAGAUGCGCUGGGAGUGCGGCCAGCCGUUCGCCAUGCAUGCGCCAGAAAAAUUCUCGGAGAAGUUCCAGCGGUUCACACCCUUCACCCUAGGCAAGGAGUUCCGCCCUGGCCAGAGCUACUACUAUAUCUCCAAACCGCUGCACCAUCAUGGAGAGGAGUGUUUAAAGCUCAGAGUGGAUGUCAUUGCUAAUGAUGGUUCCCAAGAGGCAAGAGUUGGAGCAGGAAAGGGAAGUGGAGGAGGUGUGCACACAACGUCAAAUCGUUUACCAGCAGACGAUCCAGUGGUGCUGCCAGAUGUUCAAAGUGUGCGACAAAACUCUGCAGUCAGAGCAUUUUUGACCAUCACUACCAUUCCGCUCACUUUAUUAUUAUUGCUGCUUUUGCAGUAAGAACAUUUUAAAGCACUACAGUGGUCCAAGAAUGAGAUGUAGGUGGAAUUGUUCAACCAAAGCACACAGAAGUUGUUCUAAAAAGCCCAGCGCUGGCCACUGGGGGAUGGAACAGAGGACCAGUCUCAUGCAGUUUUUGUUUAAGAGACAUUUCACCAAACUCUCGAAGGCUGAUUCACUCUGCGACUCUGCUACAGUUAGCAGUGUUUCCUGAAAAGAUCCAUUUGUGAAGGGAAUGCUCCACGUUAUCUUUCUUAACAAAAUCUUAAGUAAUCAGUAGUUGGAGGAACAACAGACUGGAAGGACAUCGGAAAUGUUUGGUGUUCGGGGCUGUUUGGAUGAACCAAGGCAACAUUCUGCAAAUGUUUAUAAGACAGCGCAUAAUCUAAUGAGCCAAAGAUCACAGAACUUCUCUAAAGUGUACAAUGGUUCUGUUGUUGGUUCAGUUUCAAGUGAUUUCUUCAUGUAGCAGCAAAGAAGCACAAGAUUUUUUUUCCCAAUGACAGUUUGCCAUUUAAAAUAACACACACACACAUACAUUAACACAACACUUAUUGUAGCAUACACACAACCUGUUUUGUUUUUUGUACAUGUUCUUUGAAGAGUUCUUAAGUUAUUAAUUGUGCUGCAGAAUGAAUCGCUGGAUAUAAGGAGCAAAAGAUCCAACCAAUUUUUACUUUGUGAAAUAAAGAAGGAAACGAA